AUGAACAUUGAUGACAAGCUAGCAACUCCUCAUGAGAGCAGAGAAAGAUUGCAGGAAGACAUCGUCAUGGAACCGCGACAACCCGACCAUACCAGCAAAGACAUCGAGAAGCAGUCCCUCGAUCCGCUCCCACCAGCGCAAAUCCCCUCCGCUCCCUCCGCGCCCUCGGUCUCCUCCCUCUCCUCCAUCCAUCCCACACCAAAAACCCAGUCCCAUCUCUCAACAUACCACCGUGCCCAAACCUACCUCGCAGCCGAGAUCUCCACCACCCACACCGACCUCCUCCUCCUCUGCUGCUGCUUCAUCUCCGGCCUCGUCGACUCCACUAUCUACGACGCCUUCGGCACUUUCGUCUCCAUGCAAACCGGCAACACUGUAUUCCUCGGCCUGGGUAGCUCCACGCCGCACAAUACCUCCAAGCCCUACGGCUGGGCGAAAUCCUUCGUCUCCCUCGUCUGCUUCGCGCUCGGCUGCUUUAGCUUCUCGCACUCCACACGCCUGCUCGGAAACUUGCGGCGAGGGACCCUAGCGUUGAGUUUUGGCGUGCAAGCAAUAUUGGUGUUCAUAGCGGCUGCGGUGGUGCAGGGCGGAGUGGCGAACGGGAAUAUCAAUACUAUUACGGAUGAUAUAGAUUGGUGGGAAGUGCUGCCCAUUGCGUUCUUGAGCUUCCAGAGCGCGGGACAGAUUGUGGGCAGUAGGGCGUUGAGCUUGGCGGAAAUUCCGACGGUGGUGUUGACCAGUUUGAUACACGAUCUCACUACUGAUCGGAUGUUGUUGGCUAAGCCGAGGGAGAAUGUGAAGAGGAAUAGACGAGCAGCGGGCUUCUUCUGCUUGCUUGGGGGAUCAGUGGCCGGUGGGUGGAUCGCGGAGGGGACUGAGAGGAUGCAGAUACCGCUGUGGAUUGCGGGGGGAAUUAAGGUCGGCAUUGCCAUUGCUUGGGCGUUGUGGCCAGCGAAGAAGAGAUCGCCUGUCUAA